AUGACUUCUCCCACCCCAUCCAGCGAUGAUGUACAGCCACGACGGAGCCGUGCUCGUCGCUCCUGCCCUCAGUCCGCUGGUGUCCACGAAACACCGUCCCCUUCCUCCAAUCUUCCUACAAGCCCUCCAUACCGCAGUGGUUCGAAGCGUGAGCACGCAGUCCAGCUCGCUCAAGAGUUAGCAUCUUCAGGCCCAUGGGCAGAGGCGUUGAUGUCUCGAUCCUAUGGCACUCAAGACUCGCUAACAAUUGCAUCUUCCCUAUGGGGUACAGCCCAUCUUGCUGGAAGCAACCAAGCAAAUGAGCGCAACAACACAUACAUGACGUGUCACGAACUUGACCCUCCUCCUGCAUACUGCAGAUUGCCGGAAACCCACGAACUUCCAGCUUCACAGCCAUCGAUUCUGUCAAUUGAUAAUGACGAAGCAGCAGAAAGAGUACCAGCUGAUAGCGAGCAGGCACAACACCAUGAAGAGCAAGCCUCCGAUCCUGAGCAGCCACUACUUGAGCAUGCGCGGCCUUGGCAGAGAAAAAGUAGGGGCUGGACCCCAUGGAUACACCAAGGUAAGGAUCGCGCUCGAAGAUGGGUACGCCUAUUGUGCCUCGUUUUCUUGUUCAGUUUCGUUGCCAUGUUGCUCGCUUGUCUGCUAUACGGGUACUCCAGACAUCAGAACAAUUGGUCGAAACUCCCUGCACGGCCGUCCAUGUCUGCCGUACCAAUAGGCCCAUCGUAUGAGCGGCAUGAAACCACCGACUCAAUCACUGGGAAAUAUGAAUUGCAUGAUCGCCUGGAACUGUCCACCACCACUGGCACGAUCGACAUUGAAAUCGAUCUUCAACAAGGCAGAGAACCUGCCUUCCUGUCACUGACAUCGUUGACAGGUGCUAUAAGUCUCAGGGUCGCUCCGAGUUUUGUACAUCGCCAGGCGAUACCUUCUAGAGCUAUCUAUACCGAAUUGCGUACUCUUACGGGAACAGUGACAGCAGAAAUAUUGCUUGGUGACGGAGCCUGCGCGUCGGUUUCCACUGUCACUGGCUUGCAGGACAUUACUAUCCUCGCCUACGACAUGGGACCGAACGACCCGAUCUCGAAUCUCACGACCGAUUCCCGAACUGGAGAACAAAAGGUCAGGCUUACGUCCCUAGGCUCAAGUUACGAGACUAUCACGAAUAUACGUGCACAUCAUCGAGUAGCGGGAACGGCAGCGAUGAACAUUGUUUAUCCUUCCAAUUGGUACGGUGAAGUAUAUGCAUUGACUUCACCAUUAGGCAAUAUAGAGAUGCAGGGCGGCGAACUCAGGUACUUGCAAAACAACAACGGCGAGAAACUUGCCUACCGAGGUCGGGAAAGAAGUGGACAGAUGGUAGAGAUUAUCAGUAUCGGAACUGGAAGUGUAAAGUUUAUAUGCUAG